AUGAAUGCAUUAGCAUUCCUGCCUAUCCGCAGCAACUAAUAACAUAGCGCAUCAGCCAUAAGCUUUACCAACAAAUUAUAAAGAAAUCUUUGGUAAACAAAAGUGGUGUAUAAAUUAUUUUUCACAAAAUUACGAAUUUCUUUAUCCUGUAACAUCUACACAUGCAAUGCCUAGCGAUGAGGAGUUAGAAAGUUUGCAGGUUCGCACGAGAGGUUUUCAGAUUUGAUCAUGUUUUAAAGUGACAGCUGACUAUAGUUUAAACUUCUCUGUCUUAUCUUCUUUCGAAAAAAAAUCAGUUGAAUUAGUCUGAAUUUCGAAGGCAUUCAUUUCUCUUUCGAUAGAAGCAUCCAAAUGCAUCCCAGUGAGAUUAUCGCUGAAAAUCAUCCCAGUGAGAUUUUCGAAUGAAUAUUACAAAACUACUCAAGCAUUCUCCACUACGAGCACUUGCUUGGAGAAAUUUCUGGUUUGGACCACGCGCAAACGGGCAAUUAAAUUUUGGAUCCACCGCAGAAAAUGUGGAGGAAGUAAACAUGGUGACAGUAGGCAACUACAAUACCGAUUCUAAAACAUAUGCAGUUAUUCUGCAGGAGCGUGUUCUUCUCGGAGAUUUCGCAGAGGGAAAAAGAAUUCAUGCCUGUAUGAUUCAGACUUGUCAUGAAGCGAACACAUUCCUAGGAAACAUUUUAAUUAGCAUGUACCUCAAACGCGGCGAUUUAGAAUAUGCACGCCAAGUGUUUGACGAAAUGUCGCAGAGAAACUCUGUCACAUGGAAUACAAUGUUGGCGGGAUAUACUCGAAACGGGUACAGCGCGGAGGCUCUGAGAAUGUUUUACAGAAUGAUGCAGGCACGGGAGCUGCCUGAUCGAUACAUCUUUAUAAGAGUUCUCAAGGCAUGUACAAGCAUCGCGGAUUUUAAACAAGGGAAAAAGGUCCAUGCCCUUGUUAUUAAAUAUGGAUAUGGUUUGGAUAUCGCUGUGAGUAGUGCUCUUGUUGAUAUGUAUACUAAAUCCCAAUGUAAAUUGGAAGCACGCCAAGUGUUUGAUAAAAUGUCUGAAAGAGAUGUAAUCUUAUGGACUUCAAUGAUUGCAGGUUAUGCACAGAAUGGUAAUGCAGAGGAGGCAUUGGAACUUUUCUGCCAAAUGCGAUGGGUUGUUGUGGAACCCAAUGAGUACACUUUCAGCAGUGCUCUCGCUGCUGUUACAAGUCAAGCGGCAUUGAGAAAAGGUGAGCAGAUCCAUGCUCUUGUUGCUAAGAUUGGUUUGGAUUCAGCUCUGUUUGUGGGGAAUGCUCUUCUUACCAUGUAUGCCAAAUGCAAGCAUGUGGUUGAUGCAUACAAAGUGUUUGAGAAAAUGCUAGAACGAAAUAUAGUAUCGUGGAAUGCUAUGAAUGCAGGAUAUGCUCAGAAUGGCUACGGUAUGGAGGCCCUGAGAAUCUUCUGCGAAAUGCAAAAGAUAGGCUUGAAAGCUAAUGAGUCAUCACUAUCCAGUGCUCUCAAGGGGUGUGCCAGCCUAGGAGAACUUGAAUGCAGUACACAAUUUCAUGCAUUUGCUAUCAAAACUGGAUUUGAGGUAGAUUUUUGCGUGGGAACGGCUCUUAUUGAUAUGUAUAGCAAAUGUGGGCUCAUGAUCGAUGCAAGAAAAUUGUUUCUUAAAAUUUCAGAGCGAAACGUGGUGUCAUGGACUGCAAUGAUCUCAGGAUAUGUACAGAAUGCAUUGAGUGAGGAAGCCCUGAAUCUGUUCUGCCAAAUGCAACGUGAAUAUAUAAGGUUCAACGAGUUCACUUUGACCGCUAUCCUAGGUGCAUGUUCUAGCUUAAAAGCCUUGGAACAAGGAAAACAAAUCCAUGCAUACACAAUCAAAACUGGUUUUGAGGCAUAUGAUUCCAUGGGGAGUGCUCUCGUUACCAUGUAUGCCAAAAGUGAAAACAUAAGCUGUGCAUCAAAAAUAUUCAACAAACUCCAUGAGCCAGACUUUGUCUCAUGGACAGCAAUGAUUUCAGGAUACACCUGGAACGGGUAUGGCGAGGAAGCUUUAAAUCUUUUUUGUAAGAUGCAUCGAGCAAGCUUAAUGCUAAACGAAUUCACCUUUGCUAGCGCCCUUGGAGCAUGUGCCAUACAAGCAGCAGCUAUAGAAAGUGGCAAGCAGGUUCAUGCAUGCACCAUUAAGACUGGAUAUCAGUCAUUUCUCUGUGUGGCAAGUUCCCUUGUCACAAUGUAUUCAAAAUGUGGGAAUAUAGAAGCUGCAAACAGGUUAUUUGAGAAGAUGCAUGAACGAGAUGUUGUAAGCUGGAAUGCAAUGGUAACAGGAUAUGCGCAACAUGGGCAGGGUGCGGAAGCCCUUAGGAUAUUUGAGCAAAUGCAAGAUGUGGGAAUAAAGCCAGAUCAUAUCACCUUUGUGGGUGUGCUCUCAGCAUGCAGCCAUGUGGGUUUUGUGGAUGAAGGCUACAAGUAUUUUUAUUCAAUGUUUGAACAACAUCAGAUAACACCAACAGCAGAUCAUUAUGCUUGCAUCGUAGAUCUUAUUUGCCGUGCUGGUCGCCUAGAUGAAGCCCGAGAUUUUAUCAGUAAAAUGCCAGUUAAAGUUAAUGCCACGGUAUGGCGAACAUUGCUUGGUGCCUGUAGGGUCUAUGGUAAUAUGGAGCUAGGAAGACAUGCAGCAGAAUGCAUUCUUGAAUUAGAACCGCAUGAUUCUGCAGCAUAUGUGCUGCUAUCAAACAUCUAUAGUGCAGCUGGCAUGUGGGAUGAUAGAGAAAAGGUGAGAAAACUGAUGGAAGAUAGGGGAGUGAAGAAGGUAACAGGAUACACCUGGAUUGAAGUUAAUAACAAGGUACAUACAUUCGUUGCAAAAGACAGAUCUCACUCACAAACAACAGAAAUCUAUUCUAAAUUGAAGCAAUUAGCUGGGCAAAUGAAAGAGGCAGGUUAUGUGCCUGACAAAAAUUUUGUACUGCACGAUAUUGAAGAGGAGCAAAAGGAACAAUUUAUUUUUCACCACAGUGAAAAACUAGCCAUUGCUUUUGGCUUAAUCAGCACACCCUCUGGAUCACCUAUUCAAAUUGUCAAGAAUCUUCGUGUGUGCGGAGACUGCCAUGAUGCAACUAAGUUCAUUUCCAAGAUAGCUGGGAGAGAAAUUGUUGUGAGAGAUGCAAAUCGCUUCCAUCAUUUCAAGGAUGGGGUGUGUUCGUGCAAUAAUUAUUGGUAAUGCUUUUCUAAACAACUAACAGACAGCUUAUUUUUAUUAUGGUCUCAUCUGGUUUGUCAGGGACUACAUACAGGAUUUCUGCUUUGCAGAAUUCAGAAUGAAUUUGCAUCAUUGUCAAUUUGCAUUCUUCCUCAAUGCCAUAGCCGUUGCACAAAUUUGAGGAAUACCAUUGCAUGGUCUGAACUCAUCAACAAGAAUCAGCUCCACACAUUCUGUUACUAACUUUUGGUUCAGCUCAUACCCCAACAACCCCACAGUUUAAUUGGAAAUCAUGAGAUAAAGGCCAUAGUACUAUUAAAUAGGUGCCUAAAGCACCUUGGUGAGCGCAUGGUUGCCUUGAUUAGUAACUUGCCUUAGCACACAAUCUGUGUUUGGUGUUCCCCUGAGAUUAAUACUUGAGUUAUUGUCCACCACCAUUGGUGAUCCUGGAUAGGCUGGUGGGGAACAUACAAACCAGUUAUUGGUGGGUUGAAGAAGAAGCCAAAGAUUUAUAUCUUUGUGUAUAAAUUUGAGCUAUUCGGAGCCUUUAGUCUUGGCAUACUUAUUUUGUUAUAUUUUUGAGCAAUUUAAGAUGGUGGAAUAACUGUCAGGAAGGAUGAUAAGACAAUGAUCAAUUUUCAGGUUUACUUAGAAAUCGCAAUCAGAACUGGUAAUAAUGUUGCUGCUUAUCAUCAGUUUGUGCUCGAUUAUGUGGUGGCCUAUUACAUCACACUCAAAUUUUGCUGUCAAGGGUGGAUGGACAAAAAUCAGAUAGCAUGAAUUUUUUUGUUUUAAAAAAUCCUAUUUUUUGAUAAAAUCGUGUGGAACAUGUAGUUCUGUUAGAGAUGAGAAAUUAAGUUUCCAUUCUGAGAGCCACAAAUUCUUACCAUCACACGUGCAAUCCUAUCUUAGUGUAUCUUAACACAAACAAGAAAUACAUUUGUUGAAGCAAUGCCUUUGA